AUGUUUUUGUUUAUUGCUACCAGCGAAGGACCGAAAAAAAAUGAGGACCUAGAUCAGUUAGCGCGCUUGAAUGAGAAACUUUUGGAGCGAUCUAGAGGACGGCGAACACCUCACAAACUUGUUGAUCCUGAAAUUGUUAAGACGGCGCCGGAUCCGGUACCAGCCACUGUUAAGGUUCGCUUUUCUGGCUUUGCUUCUUUUUUGUCCACCAGGUUCAGUGUUGCAAAAGUAUAA